GGCAGGGAAACCCCGCGGCUUUAGUUGUUUCUACUCUCCAGAGUGUCAGCUAGUUAUUUGUGGGGAGGCGCUAUAGCCAUUUCGCCACAUGAAAGCCCAAUGUGCUGAACGACCAACAUCCGAGUUGUUCGUGGAGAAGAGAAAUCAGCUUUCAGGAGAUCCGCGCGCACAAGGACGUACACGAACUCGCGCGCAAAGACGCACGGCGCGCAGACACGUACACUUCCUCCUCCUCCUCCGCGGUGGAAAAAGGGGAGAGAGGAACAGAGAGAGGGCACACGAAACACAAACUUCAAACUCUCCCAUGUGGAAAGCGGAGGUUUGAGGAUAAGUUGUGUUUCUAUGAGAGUCUUUCUCGGCGAGAAGAGAAGUUUGGUUGUUUGCCUGGUCGGCUGAGGAGGAGGAGAAGAGUCGGGUUAAAAGUGGGGGAAGAUGGUCCGUAACGGCGCUUGGAGAAGAAGCUUGCUGUGCAUCCUGGCGCUCAGUCUCGGCUUUGCCUCCCCGCCGUGCAAUGCUCGGAUUUACACCAACCACUGGGCAGUCAGGAUAGCCGGUGGAGCCGAGGUGGCUGAUCGGAUAGCGGAAAAAUAUGGCUAUAGGAACAUGGGACAGAUCGGGGAUCUCAAGGACCACUAUCACUUCUUCCAUAGCCGAACCAUCAAGAGGUCGACCUUGUCUAGCCGUGGUCGCCACAGUUUCAUCUCCAUGGAGCCCAAGGUGGAAUGGAUACAGCAGCAGGUUGUGAAGAGGAGGAUCAAGAGGGAUUACAAGCCAUCCCCGCCCCUUUCCCUGUCAAGCCCCGCCUACAGCAGCCCAGCCCAGAACAACAUAUUCUAUAAUGACGCCAAGUGGAGCAGUAUGUGGUACAUUCACUGCAAUGACGACGUCCACAACUGCCAGUCAGACAUGAACAUCAUGGGGGCGUGGAAGAGGGGCUACACGGGUAAAAACGUGGUGGUGACCAUACUGGAUGACGGCAUUGAGAGGAACCACCCCAGACCUCUUCAGAACUACGACCCUCAGGCCAGCUUUGACGUCAACGGCAAUGAUAUGGACCCCAUGCCUCGAUACGAUGCAACGAAUGAGAACAAACACGGGACACGGUGUGCGGGCGAAGUGGCUGCAGCUGCAAACAAUUCCCAUUGCAUUGUGGGAAUUGCGUACAAUGCCAGAAUAGGAGGUGUGCGAAUGCUGGAUGGAGGUACGGAUAUGGUGGAAGCCAAGUCCCUGAGCCUGCAGCCACAGCACAUUGACAUCUACAGCGCCAGCUGGGGACCCGAUGAUGAUGGGAAGACCGUGGAUGGACCAGCGUCUCUAGCCAGGCAGGCCUUUGAAAAUGGCAUCCGCAUGGGGAGGAAGGGCCGCGGCUCCAUUUUCGUGUGGGCUUCAGGCAAUGGCGGGCGCAGCAGAGACCACUGCUCUUGUGACGGCUACACCAACUCCAUCUACACCAUCUCCAUUUCUAGCACAGCGGAGAGCGGACGCAAGCCGUGGUACCUGGAGGAGUGCUCGUCUACACUGACCACCACCUACAGCAGCGGGGAGAACUACGACAGAAAGAUUAUCACAACAGACCUGAGACAUCGGUGUACAGACAGUCACACAGGGACAUCUGCCUCGGCUCCCAUGGCUGCUGCCAUUAUUGCUCUCGCCCUGGAGGCAAAUACUGCACUAACAUGGAGAGACGUGCAGCACAUCAUUGUUAAGACCUCCAGAGCUGGACAUCUCAGUGCCCCUGACUGGAAAACUAAUGCAGCUGGCUACAAUGUCAGCCACCUCUACGGCUUCGGUCUGAUGGACGCUGAAGCGAUGGUGAAGGAGGCAGCUCGCUGGAAGCAAGUCCCUACACAGCAUGUCUGUGUGGAGAGCGCAGACCGACAAAUCAGAACUAUUCGUCCAGAGCAUGUGGUGCGAUCAGUGUACAAGGCCACCGGAUGCACAGACAACCCCAACCAUCACGUGAUAUACCUGGAGCAUGUGGUCGUACGGAUUACAAUCACACACCCUCGCCGUGGUGACCUGUCAAUCAACCUGACCUCACCCUCAGGGACCAAGUCUCAGCUGCUCGCCAACAGGUUGUUUGAUCACUCCAUGGAGGGUUUUAAGAACUGGGAGUUUAUGACCACCCACUGCUGGGGGGAGAAGGCUGCAGGAGACUGGGUCCUAGAGAUCUACGAUUCACCCUCUCAACUCCGCAGCCAAAAAGUACCUGGCAAGCUGAAGGAGUGGUCAUUGGUUCUGUAUGGCACCUCUGUGCACCCAUACCUGCGCAGCGAUAAGCCGCGCUCCACCGACUUGCUGACGCCCACCGAGGAGGAGUUCACCGAGGAGUACAACGGUCCCUGUGACACAGAGUGCAAUGAAAACGGCUGUGAGGGUCCUGGACCCCAUCACUGCAUCAACUGCCUCCACUACUUCCUCAAGUUCAAGAACAACACCAGGAUGUGCGUGUCCGAAUGCCCAAGUGGAUUUUUCCAUGACGAUAGGAAGCGCUGCAAAAGUGCUCCUCAUUGUGCGACACCUGCGUUUGGCAGCCGCAGCGACCAGUGCACACCAUGCCGGACUGGUUUUCACCUCAAUGGCUCCAACACAUGUGUGGCCACCUGUGCCGAAAGCUUCCUCUACCUCGACCUCGAUUCCAAUAUUUGCCGGAGAUGUCCAGAGAACUGUAAGAAGUGUACCACUUCCUCUGUCUGCACAGAAUGUAAACCUGGCAUGAGUCUACAAGCAAACAAGUGUCAGAUGACCUGUGACCCAGGCACCUAUUACAACGGCCACAGAAGGACCUGUGAGCCCUGUCAUCGGGCUUGUGCCACUUGUGCAGGUACAGGAAUAGAGGCGUGCACUAAGUGUGCAGAGGGCUACUUACUUGAGGACUGGCGGUGUGUGUCGACAUGCAGCGCUGGCUACUACUUGUCAGAGCAGACCGCAGACAACGGGCAGGUUCAGAGGUCUUGUAAGAAGUGUGACCAUAGCUGCCUAGAGUGCUCGGGGGCUGGGGAGAGAAACUGCAGCAGCUGUGUCAGUGGUUACAAUCUGGAAGCUGGAGCCUGUGUGGUCAGCACCAUCUGCAAAGAUGCAAAUGAAGAAUCUUGGGCAGAAGGCAGUUUCUGUGUGCUUGUUAAAAAGAACAAUCUUUGCCAGAGGAAAGUGCUGCAGCAACUGUGCUGCAGAACAUGCUCGCAAAAGGGCUGACGGGAUGUACUCACUGGGCGUCAAAAGGGAGUGCAGGGGGGUUGUGGGAGCUUCAGAGGGGGGGGGGGCAUCCCUCCUUCUCAAACACCCCCCUGCCCACUCAUUCACAGUCACAUAAUUUAUAAGAGAAUCUGUGCCUCUUUAAAGGGACUGCAUCGGAGGUGCGAUGACAGGACUACAACAAACCUACCUUUUUUUCUGUACUGGGACACACACACGUGGUCAGGGUGUAAAAAGACUUACGGGACUUAUUUCAAGAACAAACGAGCAAAUGAAACAAAAGUGAAAACACACAAAAGAAUAAAAGUGUCGGUAUUUUGUGACCAAAGCAUCGAUGCCAAAAUAAUUGAACCUUCUUUUUUGUUGCCAGUGUAGGAAGCAUAGCUUAAAAACAGGAGCCACUCAGCCUGUGAAUCUUUGAAUAAGUCUGUGUGCAUUUUUAUUUUGGCUUCUCUUCCUUCUCUCUUCCCAGCGUUAAUGAUAACAGAUGGAAAGAGAACAUACAGUAGGGGAAGGCCCUGGUUUUCUGCCUGUAAAUAUAUAUCAAAGGAUAAAAAAUGAAGCUCACUCAGUAAUGUGAAAAUAAUGUCUGUCUGGGCUGACUUCGCUUGUCUAGAGGCGGCAAGACAAAUUCACAUACAGUUGCACACACACACACACACACAUACACACACACACACACACACACACACACACACACACACACACACACACAUACACAAACACAAACACAAACACACACACACACACACACACACACACACACACACAUACAAAGAAACAUAUGAACCACACAUACACUUAUAUAUAUGACACAUAUUUCAGCCACCUUUGGAGUUAGAAGCGACAGUGUCCCCGUAGCCAAGACUGAUGCACGUUACUGACCAAAAUCACCUCAUUUCAUUUAUUUAAAAACACAAAGCUGCCCUCUGAAAAGUGUGUUCGUCUUUAUCAGUGUGUGCGUGUGUGUGUAUGUGUGUGUGUUGGAGAAUGCCAUUAAUUCUUAAUGUAAGCCCAGACAGCAUUAAUUCAUUCCAGAGGUACUACAAGACAAGUCGAUAGUCAUUCCCUCUGGAGCUUUCUGCAGGGAAGGGAACGCUGCAGAGAGUCAAAAUGAAUCUGUGGUACUGGGGAUGCACCGAUGACUAUUUUUCACCAAUGAUUCUGUUUCUGGAUAAAAAAACUUUUGCCCAAAACUAAGUGUUGAAUCCAUCCAUUACUUCAACUGAACUGUAGGACAAAGUAAUUGAAAUUUAACUCAGAUUUGUUACAGGGAACAGCAUUUUUUCGAUGUGUUUAUUCUGAUUUUUAUUUGCCAUAUGAAACCCUUAUAAAGGGAAUGUUGACACAUAAUUAUAUUUUGUUCAUAUCGGUGCAUCCCUACAUGUUACUGUUCUGGAAUGAAAUAGAGUUUUAGAAGUUCCUGCUCUUUGUCACUAUAAUGUAACGGCAAUGCAUAUCAGCUGAAGCAUUGCUCUACACUUUCAACACAGAAGGUCAAUGAUCGGCACAGAAAAUCUUCUGUCAUUGUCUUGUUUCAGUUACAGGUAAUGGUCUCUCACAGGCAGACAGGCAGUAAACUGCUCAGGUGUAAAUCAGAGAUGUAAAGAUUUAACUUUGAGUUCACACUGAUUUACUUCAAAAUAUGGAAAAAGAAACCCGUAUGUCAAAUAAGCGUUUAUUGUUUAGUCAACCCAAAAAAAACCAACUGGAAAACAAACACAAGGCAAUCAAUUUUUUUCUAUUUUCAUUGUAAUUGUUGGAGCUGAAAAUACCCGGCGGCAUUAAUGCAGGACCAGAAAAUGCUAAAUCCUAUCGAGCCAAAAACUUCUUGUUUUAUUGCCGACUGAUGUCAGAGGUCUGGUUUCUCCUCCUGUCCGUCUCUGAACCAUACCUGAUGAAACUCAAAGGUUAUUCUGGUGGUGCUGCUUUCUAAUAAAGAACAGCAAAUAUAAUGUUUAAGAUUCUUAUUGUAUUUGUGUGGGUUUUCACACCUGCAGCUUGAGCAUUUACAGUAUUAGAUGAAUUGUUGUACUGUCACCUGGUUAUGGUUCUUGAUGAUUUGUAAUAAAGAUUGAUGACUCCCCUGUUUUGGUUAACAAAAACUUAUUCUUGGUCAUUGUUUAAGAUGACUUGAUUUGACUUUAGAUUGUGUGGUUGUAGGCGCGCACACACACCCCUCGUAUAAAGCUGUUUUUAUCGUGUACCUGUGACAUAUCUGUGACAAUGCAUUAUUAAUGUUACUCAAAGUCCUAGUUUUGAAAAUCUUUUUUUACUUAAGUGUUCAUAUUAAAAUGUUUAAUCUGUU